CGACAACGAUGACCACGACCACGACGGUGAUGGUGAUCAUUAAAGGGAGAUCACUGUAACAGCCAUGUGUGAUUUCUUCUUUUGCACCGCUUUGUUGUCACAGGCUGCACCUCACAACAAACCGAACGUACAGUAUUGCAAUAACACAGAAACAAAACUACAUACCGUUAGAAGAUCUACCUAAAAUACACACAGAUUUUGUGAUAUAGAUGUAAAAAAGAUAUAAUCGUCCUGGAUAGAUGAUUUUUGAAGUUAUUACAAGGACUUCAAAAGAACGUGAACAGAAUGAAAAACGAGAAUAUAAAAAAACAAAAACAUGGAAAACGAAAUUUUGUUUUUGAACAACAAAAGAAACAAAUAGAGAAACGAGACAGGCAACAUAGAGAACAAUCCCUACAUCAGUUGUCUCCCAAACGUUGGGACAAGAUGCGACUUCUUUAACAGUAUCCACUUCCAACACUAUAUUAUAGAACAGCUGUACUGAUGCCAUUCACAAAUAUUUCAAUGUGAUGUCUUGUUUCAAGUGGAGCUGCUUUCAUUUUGGACAUCAUGCAGUAAAUCCUGAUAGAACCCUGAUGCUAUAAUUACAAAGGAAAGCAAAAUUGGAUAAGAAAAAGCAGUAGCUUUCUGUUGAAUCUAACUUUGCAAGAUGAAUGCCUAUGAUGAUAAUGCAAUGAAGCCCUUGUUUGGGAUUCCUAAACCAAGCGAUCGAAUGCGAAAUUUAGUAAUUGGUAUUAUUACUGCCAUAUUUGUAUUGGAAACUCUCAUUUGUGCAUUUGUCUUUCCAUGCUGGCCUCCAAAUAACCAUGAUGGUGUUAAUAUAUUUUUUGCGUUUAUCAUUAUGAUGGUCUGUGGAUCCCAUAUAACACUUAUAAUCUGGUAUAGAGAAGGCAGUUUGCAACCUGUGUUUCGGAAUAUGAUAUACUUCAACACUUUCUCAAUCAUUCUUCUCUGUCUCUGUGGUAACCUCUACAUUCAAGGAGUUGGUUUAUCUCGAACACAUAACUGUACUGUUUGAUAUGUAAUACUAUGAAACCACCUUGAAUUUAGCUGUUUCAAGAAAUUUUUAAAAUUCAUUGAUGCCAUCCAUAUUAUCUUUGUACUCUCAAAAGACAGUUGUUUAUUGAUCCAGCCCUGAAAUACUUAUUUAUUGAUCAACAGAACCAUGUCUCAAUGAUAGAUUCUUAGUAACAGCUAUGGAACUUAGCUGGUUGGCACUUGAACAGUGUUGGGAUAAUCUGUCUAUUUUGUUAUUAUUAUUUAAGAAAUUAAGGUUGUGUUAACGCAAACAAUAUACCUGAAUUAUUUAUUUUAUGGUUUCACUAUUUUUGCGUUCAAAUCCCACCAAACCCAACUUUGACUUUCAUCUUUUGAGUGUUUGAGGAAGGAAAUAGAAACCAACACUGGAUUGAUAUCAAGUCAGUUGAUUCUAUUCUGAAUAAACCCUUACUUAUGUAAAUCAAAGAAAUUGUUGCUUCCAGCUGUUCCUUGAUUAGUCUGUUAAUGUCAUAUUUUGUGUUCGAUGGACAAUUGCUUUUUCUUUUUCUUUCUUUUUAUGACAUUAUCAUUCCACAAAAAGUUUGUGAGUUCAACGAAUGAAAUUCUAGGAAAUUAUGAAGAUGCGUGGAAUACUGUUUCCAAAUAUUACAAACUGAUACCAGAGAGAAACAAAAUUUUUUUAAAUAGUCAAAUUCAUUAUUUUAAAUACAAAUUUAACUUAUUUAGUUUUUUCACAUAUCGAAUAUUUAUUUUGUCAAAAAUCAGAAACUUUGGUUCCUGGUGUUGUUUAAAGUACUUACCAUUUAUUUUACAUAGUAGCCACAUAUAGAGAGAAGAUUCUCCUCUAUGUACAAUCAGUAUGAAGAGAUGAGCAAUGUCAUUACUUGAGACAGAGAAAAUACGGUAGGAUUUAGGCUUAGUCUGUGGAUGACCUGAAAGAAUGGUUAAACAUUAUAGUAAAACUGUUCAGUUCUGCUUGAUUUAGGAUAUAUUGCUCAUAUGAAAAAAAAAGUAUAGAAGUUUUAAUAGCCUGACUCUAGUCCAGGUUAAUUAAAUGUUCCAGUUCUCACGUAAACUAGAAGUUUCAAAGACAGUGUCCUUGGAAUUAUAAAAAAAUAAACUAUAAAGGAAGGUUAUGAUAAUGGUAUUACAUUUUUCACUUUUGAUAUCCUGUCUAAGCCAUUGACUAUGAUCAAAAAAUAACAGACCUUUAUUAGUUUCUUUAAUUGUAAUUAACUGCAAGAUAAUCAUAACUUUUGGUUUAAAAAUCUUAAUCUUGAGAUAACUAUUUAGCUUUUUUAGAAGCUGUUAAAAUAGUUAUUAGAUGUAAAAUAGUUGAUUCUAAAGAAGAGACUCUAAUCUUAAAUAAUUUUUUUUCAGUUAUUGAUUCUUUGGUACAUUUUACAUGGAGUUUUGUUAUGUAGCUCGUAAUUGAAGAAUAGUUAUUGAAACGAAAACAAUAUCUGUGAUCAUGAUAAAUCUAAAUGGUUGAUGAAAUUAACCUUUGCAUUCAAAAAACAUGUCUGUUGUAAAAUUACAACAAAUACAAACCAAACUCCCUUCCUAUGAAUUAUACCUGAACACAAAAUACUUGUACUGAAAAUAUCAUCCCCACUGAUAUCAACACCCUCCCUCUUAAUUCCCUAUCCACAUCUUGCAGUAUUUCCCUAAAAUAUCUCAUCUCCUCAGUUCUCUCUUUUUCACCAAUAGCUCCUCAUUAAUCACUACUGCGCACCUUUACAAAUUCUUCUCUAUUUCUUCAUGUCUUUAAACCCAAUUUUCCCAUUCAAUACUAUCUUCAUAAGAUAAUCAAGCAAAUUUCAUAACUCUCUUUCUCACUUUUUCCUUCAAUGAAGAAAACUGCAUCACAUUUUCCAAUUUAGUAAAUAUCAUUUGUUUACAUAUGUUACACCUCACCUUUUACCGUAAACUUUCCUGGGGAAUCUGUUCUUUUUAGGAAAUUAAACUGCAUCAAGAGAAGCAGAUUGUCUUAUGGAGUGAAGAAAUAUUGCACUUGUAAGUAAUUAAUAGUUAACUAAAAUUCCUUGCCAUAAAAGUUCUUUUCUCCAUUGGGGAGUAUGUGUCUCCUUCAAAUAUAAACAUUCUCUAUCUAUUAACUAACAUCAACCAUCAAUACAAAACUUCUACUGUCAGCUCAUUAUUACUGUAUAUCUCCUUCAUUUUUGCUGCUACUAUAAGAUGUGGCUUUAUGGUUUAGAAGUUCAUUUUGCCACUACAUCAUUUCAAGUUUUAUCCCACUGCACUAUACCAUGGGUAUAUGGCUUCUACUUUAGCCUGGGGUUCAACCAAAUUUGAAAGCUUGUUGGUGGGUUUGAUAUUAUUCAUGGGUAACUGACUUAAUCUAUCAUCUAGUUUAACAUCACACCUGAUCCUUGGGUGCCUUUCGCAGAAUUCACUCAGUUACAAGCAAUCAGACCAGGUUUUGGAUCUGAGGAUUAUUUUGGCCCUUCUUUCCACUAGUCAGCCCCAUCCCUCUCUUCUUAAACAAUCUGUAUCAAAUAAAUAAAAUAUUAUCUGAACUUCAAAAUUUUGCUGACUAUAUUCUUGCUUACACUUGAUACUAUCUAAUCCUAUACUCGUCUCACUGAUCUGUUCGCCCCUUUACUGAUACAGUGUUUAUUCCAUGUGAAUAGUGCAGAAAAUACAGCAUCUAGACCACCACUGCUGUUCUACACACUUUUCCUUCUGCAUUGUAUACUUUUACACAAUACAAUGACUCCUUAACAUUUCAAACCCAUUAACUAAAAAAAAUCCUCUCCUGUCCUAUGCACUCUCUCAUUUGCCUUUUCCCAGUUAAAAAGAAAUAUAAUAAAAAUAACAGCUUCUCAGAACAAACAUCAGAAAAAAUUUUCUUAAUUAUUACAUAUCUUUUACAAAUAACAAUACAACAAUGCUAAAAUCCAAAUAAUGAAUGAAUAUUGAAUGUAUAAUAUUCUUAUAAUGUGUAUGUAUUUGUAAAUAUCAUCAUCAUCAUCAUCAUCAUCAUCGUUUAACGUCCGCUUUCCAUGCUAGCAUGGGUUGGACGAUUUGACUGAGGACUGGUGAAACCGGAUGGCAACACCAGGCUCCAGUCUGAUUUGGCAGAGUUUCUACAGCUGGAUGCCCUUCCUAACGCCAACCACUAUAUAUAUAUAUGUGUAUAUGUAUAUAUUAUACAGCAGGGAAGACAAAUGUUAAAUGACAAUGGUAUAAAUAUAUUUGUGAAUAUAUUAUGUUUGUAUAAAUAUGUACAAAGACAUAUCUUUUUAAAUAAAGAAUAAAGUUAAAAUAUAUAAAUAAUCA